CACUUUUCCUCCUUUGUGUUUUAGGUGAGAUGAGUGAGAGCCGAGCAAAGAGAGUUCGAAUAAAAGAGGUAGACGGCUGGACUCUGAGGAUGCUGAUCGAUUAUGUUUACACUGCAGAAAUUCAGGUUACGGAAGAAAAUGUACAGGUACUUCUCCCAGCAGCUGGUCUGUUACAGUUACAGGAUGUGAAGAAGACCUGCUGUGAAUUUUUGGAGUCUCAGCUUCACCCUGUCAACUGCUUAGGAAUUCGGGCUUUUGCUGAUAUGCAUGCAUGCACAGACCUCCUGAACAAAGCCAACACCUAUGCAGAGCAGCAUUUUGCAGAUGUUGUACUUAGUGAAGAAUUUCUCAAUCUCGGCAUUGAACAAGUGUGCAGCUUAAUCUCAAGUGACAAACUUACCAUCUCCUCAGAAGAGAAGGUAUUUGAAGCAGUAAUAGCUUGGGUAAACCAUGACAAGGAUGUAAGGCAAGAAUUUAUGGCUCGGCUGAUGGAACAUGUGCGGUUACCUUUGCUUCCUCGGGAAUAUUUAGUUCAGAGGGUCGAAGAGGAAGCAUUGGUCAAGAAUAGCAGUGCUUGCAAAGAUUACCUCAUUGAAGCUAUGAAGUAUCAUUUGCUGCCAACAGAACAGCGUAUAUUAAUGAAGAGUGUUCGGACCCGACUGAGGACACCCAUGAACCUUCCCAAAUUGAUGGUGGUAGUUGGGGGCCAGGCACCAAAGGCUAUCCGAAGUGUGGAAUGCUAUGACUUUAAAGAAGAGCGAUGGCACCAAGUAGCAGAAUUACCUUCCAGGAGAUGUAGGGCAGGGAUGGUCUACAUGGCUGGGCUCGUUUUUGCUGUCGGUGGCUUUAAUGGCUCCUUGAGAGUCCGCACUGUAGAUUCCUAUGACCCCGUGAAAGAUCAGUGGACCAGCGUUGCAAACAUGCGGGACCGGAGAAGCACUUUGGGGGCCGCUGUAUUGAAUGGAUUGUUAUAUGCCGUGGGAGGCUUUGAUGGCAGCACAGGUUUAUCAUCCGUGGAAGCAUAUAAUAUAAAGUCUAAUGAGUGGUUUCACGUGGCUCCAAUGAACACAAGGAGGAGCAGCGUAGGUGUCGGUGUUGUUGGAGGUUUGCUCUAUGCUGUAGGGGGGUAUGAUGGAGCUUCACGUCAAUGUCUUAGCACAGUAGAAUGCUAUAAUGCUACAACAAAUGAAUGGACCUAUAUAGCAGAAAUGAGCACCAGACGGAGUGGAGCCGGUGUUGGCGUGUUAAACAACUUACUGUAUGCUGUUGGGGGUCAUGAUGGUCCUUUAGUACGAAAAAGUGUUGAAGUGUAUGAUCCUACCACCAAUACAUGGAGACAGGUUGCAGAUAUGAACAUGUGCAGAAGAAAUGCAGGAGUUUGUGCAGUUAAUGGUCUGUUAUAUGUAGUUGGCGGGGAUGAUGGUUCCUGUAACUUGGCAUCUGUAGAAUAUUAUAAUCCAACAACUGAUAAAUGGACAGUUGUGUCAUCUUGUAUGAGCACAGGGAGAAGUUACGCAGGGGUCACAGUUAUUGAUAAACCAUUAUGAGCCGGAAGGACAUUUUUGGCAUAUUUAUACAUGAGAAGCAGGCUUCACCAAGUAUUUCUGAAGCGACUCAGAGUCUAGCACUUCUCCACUUGUGGCUGCUCUUUAAGUCUCAGCAGAAGAUCAGAUCGGCUGCCUUAAUAGGCCUCAGAUACUGAAGAUUAUUUUUGGUAGAAGCACUGCAUAGGCUUUUUCUGCAAUGAGCAGCAGCUGACUGAAUUUUAAUAAGAAACCGGACUACAGUACUUAUUCUGUAGUCUUUAGACAACAGUUGCUUUCUUAAAGACUAGUUCUUACCAACCUCAAAUGACUAUGGAUUAUUUUGUGAAGGACGAUAAAGUAAUGUGUUCUUGUAAAAUUAAAUUUUAUCUUUAUUCCUUCUCCUGAAAAUCUGUAUACACAGGAACUGAAAAUCUGAACAGGUAUUAAAAUCUGUGUAAGUAUACAAAGUAGCUGAGGAAUAAAACUGUUUGCUUUUAUAAAAUAUCUUUGAUUACAUGAGUAUAAUAAAUUGUGUGCAUAUAAAUGUGUGUCUAUAUGCUUUCCUUUAAAUAUGUUUGAAAAGAUGUUUGAAACUUGAUUAUACUAUUUAUAAUUGGCACAGUACUUUGAAUUAUGCCAGUACUACAUUGUAAAACAGAGUUGUAUUUUUUGAUAUUUAACAAUGCUUAACACUUUAAAAUGCCACUUCUGAGGAAUGAACAUGGUGUAACACACUUAAAUAUGUGUGAUGCCAAACUUUUUUAAAUAAAAUAUAAAUUAUGCUUAUUUAUUAUUUUCUUUAGUUUAAUCUUGGUCAUGUUUUGGUGUGUAUUUUUAAUUUUUUUCUUAAAGUAACACUUUGGCAUGAACAUUACUACAGGUUUUUGAAGAAUAUAAUGAAUGUAUGGAAUUCAACUGAGUUUGCAUGGUCUUAAGAAUUUUUUCUGUGUGUAUAAAUUUAGCUGCUAUUAACAGAAGAGAGAAUUUUCUGUGAGUAGCCAUGUGUGUUGAUCAAAUACAGUUUUUCUGAGAUCUUCAAUUAAUCUCACUUUAAAAUGACCGAAACAUGUCUUUCUUGAAUAUCUUUGAAUAAAAGUUUGUAUAUUAUUUGUUUCA